AUGAGAAACCACAGUGUUGUCUCCGAGUUCAUGCUCAUCGGGCUGUCUGCUGACCCCCUGACCCAGGCUCUGCUCUUUGUGCUGUUCCUUGUCAUUUACCUCCUGACCCUGAUGGGGAACCUGAUGCUGCUGCUGGUGAUCAGGCUGGAUUCCCAUCUCCACAUCCCCAUGUACUUUUUCCUGGGACAACUGUCCUUCCUGGAUCUCUGCCACUCCUCCGUCACUGUGCCCAAGCUUUUGGAGAACCUCCUGUCUGAGAAGAAAACUAUCUCCUUAGAGGGCUGCAUGGCUCAGGUCUUCUUUGUGUUUACCACAGGAGGUGCUGAAUCCUGCCUACUGGCUGCGAUGGCCUACGACCGCUAUGUUGCCAUCAGCUCUCCUCUGCUCUAUGGCCAGGUGAUGAACAGACGACUGUGUAUGGGGCUGGUGUGGGGCUCAUGGGGUUUGGCUUUUCUGGAUGCUCUCAUCAAUAUCCUUGUAGCUCUUGAUUUAGACUUUUGUGAGGCUCAAAAUAUCCACCACUACAGCUGUGAGAUGCCCUCUCUCUACCCUUUGUCCUGCUCUGAUGUGACUGCAAGUUUUACUGUCCUGCUCUGCUCUAGCUUCCUGCAUUUCUUUGGAAAUUUCCUCGUGAUUUUUUUUUCCUAUGUUUGCAUUUUGUCCACCAUCCUGAGCAUCAGCUCCACCACAGGCAGAAGCAAGGCCUUUUCCACCUGCUCCUCCCACCUCACUGCAGUGACCUUCUUUUAUGGCUCAGGAUUUCUCCGCUAUCUCAUGCCCAACUCAGGAUCCACUCAAGAGUUAAUCUUCUCCUUACAGUACAGCGUGGUCACCCCCAUGUCGAAUCCUCUCAUCUACAGCCUGAAGAACAAGGAAGUGAAGGCAGGUUUGAGGAGGUUGCUGAGAAAAUAUUUCUAG